ACAGCCUUUAGUUAGUGUCUGCUAAACCUUAAACCCUAGCACCACCGUUAAGACAUUCGCUCUCUCCCUCCCUCGCCCAACUGAACCUUAAAACCCUAACACCACCGAAUUCUACAAGGAGGAGUGUCCUGUUUCGAUCAUCGUCAAUGGAUAAGCAAGACGUAGGGAAUGAAGGAGGAGAAGAAAAGAAGCCAUUUUCCAUAUGGGAUUUGCCAGAUGUGCCAAUGGGCAAGCUCCCGCCACACCUGGAGCUUCAAAGAACUCGAGUUGUUUGCAACCCUGAUGCUCCAAUUCACACUGAAAACAUAAUGUAUUCUGGUGCUUAUGCAUCGAUGGGAGUUGAUAAUAGUUUGCGGCUGGAUCAUUUUCGCGAUAAUUUCAGAGUUGAAGUUAAAAGACUUAAUAAGGAAGAUAUGGAGUUUGAUAUGAUUGGUAUUGAUGCAGCAAUUGCUAAUGCAUUUCGGAGAAUCUUGAUUGCAGAGCUUCCUACCAUGGCCAUUGAAAAGGUUCUGAUUGCUAACAACACAUCAGUAAUCCAAGAUGAAGUGCUUGCCCACAGAUUGGGUCUCAUUCCUCUCAAUGUCGAUGCAAGGCUGUUUGAGUAUCUAUCAGCAAAUGAUCAGCCAAAUGAAAAGAACACAAUCGUUUUUAAACUCCAUGUACGGUGCAAACGAGGCGACCCCCGUAUGACAGUAUAUUCCAAAGAACUGAAGUGGUUACCAAAAGGGAGUGAGUUUAUUCAGGAAUCAGAUAAUCCCAAUGCCAAGCCAGUAACUUACACUUCAUUUAGUUCCAGUCAAGAUUCCAUGCCAGAAUUUUCCAACAACCCAAUUUCCCCUACUGAAGAUAAUAUCAUUAUUGCCAAGCUUGGCCCGGGACAGGAAAUUGAACUGGAAGCACAUGCAGUCAAAGGCAUUGGCAAAACACAUGCAAAGUGGUCGCCUGUAGCUACUGCUUGGUAUCGUAUGCUUCCCGAGGUUGUGUUACUGGAAGAUAUUGAAGAUGGGGAUGCUAAGGAACUGAAAAAAAUAUGCCCAGUAAAUGUUUUCGAUAUUGAGGAUUUUGGCAAUGGUAAGAAGAAGGCAACUGUGGCCCGUCCACGACAAUGCACACUAUGUAGGGAGUGCAUCAGGGAGGCAAAAUGGGAGAAGCAUGUGGCUCUACGUCGUGUUAAAGAUCAUUUCAUUUUUACUAUCGAAUCCACGGGAGCAUUACCUCCGGAAAUGCUGUUCACUGAAGCUGUCAAGAUUUUGGAAGACAAGUGUGAGCGCGUUAUUUCUGAACUCUCUUGAUUCUGUGCUAGUCAGAAGAAUACAAAUGAAGCAGCUAAGGACUGUAAAGAUACAAGACAUGAAGUUGAUGGGAUUGCAGAGGUUCUUGUUAUCAGCUGUUUCCGGAGAUGCCCUCAUUGUGCUAGAGUUUCUGAAGCUAUGCCCUCAUUUGUUGUGAAACUUUUUUUCCCCUUUGUGGGUGAAUUUAGAGAAUCAUAAUCUGUAAAGUUUAUUACAAAACACAUGCUGCUGCAUUUUCACAGAACUUUUAUGACUCAAGGCAUUUAAUCAUAUAGUUACAGCAAGAAAAUCUGGACAAUUUACUUUCACUCUUGGAGUGAGAUUUGAGUU